ACAAGGGACUGAGGGCUGACUCCCAAAAAAAACCCGCUGCCGGCAAAGUUUAAAGCGCAUAGAGCCUGACUUCCAGGGCUCACUUUGCAUCCUCCUCCUCCUCCUCUCCUCUCAACUCGCCAGUCUCUGCUCCGCCGCCUGCUCUGUACGCUACCUCUCGCUCUCCUCCUCCUCCUCCUCCUCCUCCUCCUCCUCCUCCUACUCCCCGUCUACAUCUGCUGGCUGCACUCUCAGUCAACCUUGUAGGGAAGCGAUCUCCAGGCUAGAAGGCUCCGUUUGCUCAUUCCAACAAGGAAGAAGAACCCCAGACUUUGCCCUAUUUUUUUUUUUGCUUUUUGUGAACCGGAACCCAAUCAACAACAAUGGAGGCCAUCAAGAAGAAGAUGCAGAUGCUGAAGUUGGACAAGGAGAACGCCAUCGACCGAGCGGAGCAGGCUGAGUCUGACAAGAAGGCGGCGGAGGACAAGAGCAAACAGCUGGAUGAUGAGCUUCUGGCCAUGCAGAAGAAGCUGAAGGGGGCGGAGGAUGAGCUGGACAAGUACUCCGAGGCCCUGAAGGACGCCCAGGAGAAACUGGAGCUGUCAGAGAAGAAGGCUGCAGAUGCCGAAGGGGAUGUAGCCUCUCUGAACCGCAGGAUCCAGCUGGUCGAGGAAGAGUUGGACCGGGCCCAGGAGAGGCUGGCCACUGCCCUGCAGAAACUAGAGGAAGCCGAGAAGGCUGCCGACGAGAGCGAAAGAGCGAUGAAGGUCAUCGAGAACAGAGCCAUGAAGGUACGAGGAGGAAUGGAGAUCCAGGAGAUGCAACUCAAAGAAGCCCAACACAUCGCUGAGGAGGCAGAACCGCAAAUAUGAAGAG